GCUUUGUCUGAUUGGACACGGCGCACAUUGUUGGGUGUCAUAUUCCGUAUAAGCGCAGUUCGUUAUUUACAUUUAAGGUCAGGAAGAUGUCGUCUCUAUACAAGCCGUUUUGUGUUUCUGAUGGUCCGUGUAAAGAUGCGAUAUUGAGACGUGGAUCUCUGCAGCAUCCCGCAUGUCAUGGUGUCGAAGCGAGCGGUUUCACCCCAAUUCACAACAUGUGUGAAGGAAAACGGCGUUUUGCUGCCGCUGCAACGGGCGGGAGGAAAAUCACUCACCCAGGGAAGGCAAUCCUUGCAGGUGGCAUUGCAGGAGGUAUUGAGAUCUGCAUCACCUUCCCGACAGAGUAUGUUAAGACUCAGCUACAGCUGGAUGAGCGUGCAAAUCCGCCUCGGUAUCGAGGGAUAGGGGAUUGUGUGAAGCUGACUGUUCAGGAUCAUGGUUUGAGAGGACUGUACAGAGGCCUGAGCUCACUACUGUAUGGCUCCAUCCCCAAGUCUGCGAUACGGUUUGGCACAUUCGAGGUCCUGAGCAAUCCAAUGAGAGAUGAAACUGGUCGCCUUGAUAACACUCGCAGCUUGCUGUGUGGCCUGGGGGCAGGCAUCGCUGAAGCAGUGUUAGUAGUCUGUCCAAUGGAAACACUGAAGGUGAAGUUAAUCCAUGACCAGUGCUCUCUUCGUCCACGGUACAGAGGCUUCUUCCAUGGCGUGCGGGAAAUAAUUCGUGAUCAGGGGGUUCGUGGUACAUACCAAGGGCUGACUGCUACGGUACUGAAACAGGGGAGCAAUCAAGCUAUACGGUUUUAUGUCAUGAACCUUCUACGCAAUUGGUAUAAAGGUGAUGACCCCACACGUGAGAUGCAUCCUCUGGUCACUGCUAUAUUUGGGGCGACUGCAGGUGCAGCAAGUGUUUUUGGAAACACACCUUUGGAUGUGGUGAAGACCAGGAUGCAGGGUCUGGAAGCCCACCGUUAUAAGAACACGCUAGAUUGUGCUUUCCAGAUACUAAAGAAUGAAGGCCCACAAGCGUUCUACAAAGGCACAGUUCCUCGGCUGGGCAGGGUUUGUCUUGAUGUCGCCAUCGUCUUUGUCCUGUACGAGGAGGUUGUAAAGCUUCUGAACAAAGUCUGGCAGACGGACUGUGCUCUGUAGAGACGAUGACUAAUGUCGACACAGCUGGCAGUGUCACUCAAGUGAUAAGGCUGACUGUUACACUGACCCCUGGCUGAGUGCACUGGGUUAGGCUGCCAUCUGCAUGAGAGGGAGGGUGGAGAAUUAAACUCACAAGUGGUGUUCUGAUGCAUAGCAUACUAUUCAUUCUCCACCAACUGCAGAGUAUUAUCAAGUUGCACUUUUCACUUGAUUCAAAACCAUGCAACUUUGUUCACUCCCAUCCUUUUACUCAAAGUAAUCCACUUAUGAGGCAAACCCCAGUGUACUGCAAAACGCACAAUUCCCUUGCUCUUAAUUUAACCAUGUAUAGCUAUUACAUUUUUCUAUUAAUUGCACUGAUGUAUUUAAGAAAAUAAAGGAAAUUGUUUAGAUGUA